AUGGCCCCUACCGUUCUCCACCUCCGCAGCGAGACCAAGCAUCUCGAGCACCGGUCUGCGCUCACCCCCGCCACCACCGCCGAGCUCAUCAAGGCUGGCUACAUUGUCAACGUCGAGCGCUCCCCCGAGCGAAUUUUCGACGAUGAGGAGUUCGAGAAGGCUGGCGCCACUCUGGUGCCUGAGCACAGCUGGGUCGAUGCUCCCAAGGAGCACAUCAUUGUUGGCCUGAAGGAGUUGGAGGAGAAGGAUUUCCCUCUCAAGCACGUUCAUGUUCAGUUCGCUCACUGCUACAAGCAGCAAGCCGGUUGGGAGAACGUCCUUGCCAGAUUCCCCCGCGGUGGCGGCACUCUUCUUGACCUCGAGUUCUUGGUUGAUGAGCACGGUCGCCGUGUGGCUGCUUUCGGCUUCCAUGCUGGUUUUGCCGGUGCCGCCCUUGCCCUCGAGGUGUGGGCUUGGCAGCUCAACCACAGCGAGCCCUUCCCCGGCGUCGAGAGCUACCCCAACGAGGAUGCUCUGAUCGCCGACGUCAAGAAGGCUGUCAAGGAGGGUGUUGAGGCGGCCGGCCGUCUUCCUCGCGUGAUCGUCAUUGGUGCCCGUGGCCGUUGCGGCUCCGGUGCCGUCAGCGCUCUCAAGAAGGCCGGCAUCCCCGAUGAGAACAUUCUCGACUGGGAUAUGGCCGAGACUGCGAAGGGCGGUCCUUUCAAGGAGAUCACCGACAGCGACAUCUUCGUCAACUGCAUCUACCUCACCAGCAAGAUUCCCAACUUUGUGAACAUGGAGUCCCUCCAGGUCCCCGACCGCCAGCUCCGCGUAGUCUGCGACGUCUCCGCCGACACCACCUCUCCCUUCACCCCGGUGCCCAUCUACACGGUGGCCACGACCUUCGACAAGCCUACGGUUCCUGUCGACGGGCUGACCUCCGGUCCUCCUCUCUCCGUCAUCUCCAUCGACCACCUCCCCUCGCUUCUGCCGCGCGAGGCUUCCGAGGCCUUCAGCCAUGACUUGCUUCCCUCGUUGCUUACGCUUAACGACUGGCAAAACUCGCCUGUCUGGGCGAGGGCGAAGCAGUUGUUUGAUGAGAAGGUUGCUACUUUGCCGGAGAGUGCCCUCCAGAAGUAA